AUGUCGACCUCGGGGGCGUUUCCAGGAAACCUGCAGCUGGUGUUGGUGCUGCGGCCGUCCAGGUUCUUCCAGAGAGCGAUAGCAGACAUUGGGAUGAAGCUGCACAAAGAUGACUUUAAAAUGAAGGUACCGAUUAUGAUGCUGAACUCUCUGUCGGACCUGCAUGGCUACGUGGAUAAAGGCCAGCUGACCCGGGAGCUAGGAGGAAACCUGGAGUACUGUCACAGUCAGUGGAUACACCACCGAACUGCCAUAGAGAACUUUGCCAUGACGGUGAAAACCACAGCCCAGAUGUUACAGAUGUUCGGGACAGACCUGGCUGAGACGGAGCUGCCCAAUGACGUCCAGUGCACCAAAGACCUGCUCACAGCACACACCGACAAACACAGCAACCUCAAGGAUGAACUGAAGCUAGCUUUGAAGCAGGGCACCACCUUGUUAGGUUGUAUCAAGGAGCAGGCAGCCAAGUCGGAGAACCACAAACUUAACCCAGACGAGAUGGAGAACCAAACCACGGUGGAGAGGCUCCUAGCCCAGCUGGAUGAGACGGAGAACGCCUUUGAACAGUUCUGGUGUAAACAUCAUCUGAAACUGGAGCAGUGCCUGCAGCUACGCCACUUUGAACAGGACUUCAGAGAGGUUAAAGUGUCUCUAGACAGUUUGAUGGACAUUCUAACCAGCCUAUCAGAUAUCGGGGAUUGUGUGGCCAGAGUCGAACACCUGCUACAUGAACUGAAAACACUGGAGGACAAGGCUCUGCCCUCACUAGAAAAGGCCCAGCUCCACGCACUGCACGGUGACCAGCUGAUCCAGAGCAACCACUACGCCGUGGACUCUAUUCGACCCAAAUGUGUGGAGCUCCGGCGGGUCUGUGAUGACUUCAGCAACGAGUCCAAGAAAAAGACGGAUGUCUUAUCCAAAUCCCUGCAGAUUCACACGGGCAUUGAUAAGGUGAACCAAUGGUGUGAGUCUGGCAUCUACCUGCUGGCCUCCCAGGCUGUGGAUAAGUGUCAGUCACAGGAAGGGGCAGAGUCCGCACUGACUGACAUCGAACGCUUCCUGGAGUCUGCAGAAAAGAACCAGCUGACUGAACUGAGGAACCUCCACAUCCAGUAUGAGGUUGUCCUGUCCGAUGAUAUCAAGGCAAAUGUCCUGAAGGCACUGAAGCGCCUGGAGGACGUCCAGGAGAUGUUUCAGAAGCGGCACGUCAGUCUGAAGAGGCUAUCAGCUAAACAGACGAGGCCCGUCCAGCCGGUUGCCCCGCGGCCCGAGUCCUCUCCUAAACGGCCCUCACUGAAGAACCCCCCCAGAACUACAGGGAACCAGCAGCCUCUGGCUCGCAGAGUAUCAGAUCACUCUAACAGUGGCAGGCAGCCAGCCGAAGCUGAUCCCAGCAAGAAGAGGAUCAUACGCAAGGCCAAAGGAGGCAUCAAGAUUGAGGUAAUGCAUGAGGAAAGCCAAGGAGGCUCCACCCAUGUCGUUGUGACCAAUGAGACAGAGGAGAGUCUGUCCAACAGACGCAGACACAUCAUGACUGAGCUGAUUGAAACAGAGAGGCUGUAUGUGGAGGAACUGCAAAGUAUCAUGGAGGGUUAUUUUGCAGAGCUGGAUAACUCAGAGCUCAGCCACCUCAUCCCCCCGUCGCUGGACAACAAAAGGGAUGUGCUGUUUGGCAACCUGCCAGAGAUAUAUGAAUUCCACAACAGUACAUUUCUGAGGGAGCUGGAGAACUGUGCAGAGAAACCAGAGCUGGUGGGAACCUGUUUUCUGAAAAGGAAAGAAGAGCUGCAGGUGUAUGAGAAGUACUGUCAGAACAAACCGCGCUCUGAAGUCCUCUGGAGGCAGUGUGGAGACAGCCUCUUCUUUCAGGAAUGCCAGAAGAAACUGGACCACAAACUGUCUCUGGAUGCCUACCUGCUGAAGCCUGUCCAGAGGAUCACCAAAUACCAACUCAUGCUGAAGGAGAUGUUGAAGUGCAGUAAGGGUGAGGGGACGGCUGAGUUGGAGGAGGCUUUAUCCACCAUGCUGGACAUCAUCAAGUCUGUCAACGACUCUAUGCACCAGAUAGCCAUCACUGGCUUUGAGGGGAACCUGAGUGAACUGGGGAAGCUGCUGAUGCAGGGAUCCUUUAAUGUGUGGACUGACCACAAGAAAGGCCACAGCAAGGUGAAGGACUUGGCCAGGUUUAAGCCCAUGCAGAGGCACCUGUUCCUGUAUGACAAGAUGAUGCUGUUCUGUAAGAAACGAGAGGAGACCACAGAUGGACACGAGAAGACCCCGUCCUACAGCUUCAAACACUCGCUCAAGAUGAGCUCUGUGGGGAUCACCGAGAACGUCAAAGGCGACAUCAAGAAGUUUGAGGUGUGGUACAACGGCAGAGAGGAGGUUUACAUCAUCCAGGCUCCUUCCAUGGAUGUGAAAAAUAUGUGGGUGUCAGAGAUUCGUAAAGUUCUUACAGGCCAGCUAGAGGCGUGCAGAGAAGCCAGCCAGCUUAACAUCUACGGGGCCCCCGUGAGGAAUGUGCGUAAGAUGGCGCUGAGACAGUCCGAUUCAUCGAGUCCAGAGUCUGGCUUCAGGAGAACCAACCCCAGCCCCAAUAUGAGGCAGAAGAGAGUCGAUGCUUCAGCCGGCCAAUCAGGCCACUCGGCUGCUAAUGCUAGGAAACGCUUCACCUUGCAGGGGCUUUCCAACAGGAGGUCUCUUCCAGCAGAGCCUGCUACUCAGGAGGCAGUGGUCACCCGCCGCUUCUCUCUCGCCUCCUCUCUCACCUCCUCUUCUUCCUCCUCUUCCUUCGCCACACGAUGCACAAAAGGUCCCCUGUCUGCUAGCAUAAAGAGCAAGAGACAUGAGAUUAAGAGUGAUCCCACUCCAUUUGGUUAUGAAGAUACUUUGCGUGGUGCUAUGGCUGCAGUCAGGAAACGUCAGAGCAUGACUAGCAGCACUGCUGCUGCUGGCGGCACCUCAGCCGUCCCUAGAUCCACCUCGCAACCAGGCUGGGCCCAGAGACGGCUCCCUUCCAUGGACACGGACGACUUUGAGACGAUCCCCUCCAGUGCAGAGGAAUCCUCCAACUCUUCAGAAGAGGAAGGCAACAAUAAAAAUGGUGACAGCGGUCGUUUCCGGGUGCAGCUGACCUACGAGUCUCGUGACGGCCGAGACCUCUCUCUGGAGGCGGGCGACCUGGUCCAGUUUGUGGAAGAAGCAGAGAGCGGACACUGAUAUCUUCAGUGAUCUGUGUACAGCAGCACUCUCUGACUCGGAUGACAACGAAGCCAGUACGUGGGGAGAUGUGUCUCAGGACAGCAGAUAAA